GGCCAGAUGAAAAACCUGAAAUAGUUCAAAGUUGAGCUUGGACCUGAUUUCAUAUAAAUCAUAAACUUUUCCAGAGUUUGAGGUUUAACACGAUUUCUAUUAUCUUAGAAGCUGGAUACGCCACAAGUGAAACACCCGAGCAAAGAGAAUGAACCUAUAGAAGCUGUGUUUAUAUAUAAUCUACCUUUCAUGUCACCAAGGAGCCUGAUUGGACGACUGAGUUCAGACUGACUUGGAACAAACAAACGGAGCGUUUCCAUACCAGAACGGGAGCCACGCCCCCGAUCCAGGUGGGGGGGAAUUCGUGGGUGCGUCCUCGGGUCAGAGACAUGACGAAGGUGUUCUCCUCGUGGCUGUGGAUGGACGCCAGGUUGGCUCCUUCAAACUGACAGUAGAUCUGGAGGAGACACGAGAAGAAGUCCAGGAUGUGAACAGUGCGACCUCCAGGGGGCGCUAGACCUUUCUACUCCCUCCUCUUGUCCUCACCUCAGCUUCAACCCACAUCUUCGAGGUGUCGAUGAAUUUGAAACACCGCUCUGUGAAGUGGCUCCAGCCGGGGGGGCAGGAGAACCAGGAGCCUGAGGAACCAGCAGCACAUGUGAUCACAUGUUCAGAAGGAUCCACGUUUAGAUUCAGGUUCCACCCCCGGGCCCGUCUGGGUGCCCGGUGUCUCCACCCCGGUGAUGACGUUCACACACCAGCAGUACCCAGUGGAGCCCCAGCACUGCUGUGGGAGGAAGUUCCCAGUGGCGUCGCACUGGGGGCAGAAGGAGCCCACGAUGCCGGAGCACUGCAGCCUCUCGUACUCACAGAGGCCCGGGGACUUGAGCGCCGGGGAGGUGGAGUUGAGCGGCAUGGAGCCAGUCGGGGUCAGAAGGUGAAAGAGGCAGUAACGUGACUGAGAAGCUGUUUAUCAGACGAGUCUUUGAGACGAGGACAAAGAGGACGAGCAGAAGACAUUGUGGUCCCAGUCCCGUUCAUACAGUGGUGACACUAUCAUGUAACACAAGCAGCGUUUAAAAGAUAAGAUCAUUUUAAUAUUUCAUUGUUUUCAAAAGCUGCUGAACGUGUCACGCUCGGUUAAUAUUCACGCUCACUACCUCUUUUCAGCCGAGAUCUCACUUCCUCUGGAAACAGCUUCAGUUCUCUGUCAGUUUGAAUUCUGUCAUCGCAGCCGUGAAGCAUGGGACAGCAGAUGCUCCUCCUCCUCCUCCUCCUCUUCCUCUCCCUGUGCCGGGGUCAAAGUUCAAACCCCGAGAGGCCGACCUGCCGGGGCUGUGACCUCCGUCUCUCCUGUGACUGCACCCGGGGGGGCUUCACCCACGUUCCCAUGGUAACAGGCCGUGCUCUUACUCUGGACCUGUCCUUUAACAACAUCACCAUGGUAACCGAGGACGACCUGUCGGGACACCUGCGCCUGACGGCCCUGAGUCUCCAUGCAAACCGAGUGUCUGUGAUCCACCCGGCAGCGUUCGAUUCCCUGUGGAGUCUGGAGGAGCUGGACCUGUCUCACAAUCAGCUGACGUCCCUCAACCCGGCGUGGUUCGACCAGCUGGGGGCGCUGCUGCAGCUCAACCUGCUCCACAACCCGUACAGGUGCGUGGGUUCGAGUCCCGAGUUCCACGGGCUGGUGCGGCUGAGGCGGCUGGCGUUCGGAGGUCCGGCUCUGGAGGAGAUAAAGAUGGCCGCCCUGUCAGGAGUCACCGAGCUGGAGACGCUCAGCGUUCACGCCAACAACCUGAGCAGGUACGAGUCCGGGGCUCUAGCGGACGUCUGGCCCCUGGGUCGCGUCACGCUGAGCCUCCAUGGACCCUUUCUGACCGACGUGGCGUUGGCCUCGGCCGUGCUCGCUGACGUGUCGGACCCGGAGACGCCCCUGGUGCUGGAGGACCUGCACCUGAGAGGCAAUGAGUCCGUUCAGCCGCUCAGGGCGGCGGCCGGCAGGAGGGUCAGGUCCAUGACCUUCAGGAACAUCUCCGUUUCCGAUGAGGCCAUCGUCGCCGUGCUGGAGAUUUUAGACGGAGUGCCGGUCACCAUCUUCUCCAUGGACGGCGUCACGCUGACCGGCGAGGGCAGGUGGGAGACCGCGAGCUGGGUCGACACCUCCAGCAUGGACGAGCUGCUCGUGAGGAACGUUGUGGUUCUGGACGUCUUCAGGUUCUGCUCGUUCCUGCAGCUGAAGUUCCUGCUGCAGUUCCCCAGGAGGGUGUCGGUCAUCAACUCCCGGAUCUUUGUGAUUCCCUGCGCCACCACCGGGCUCCUGUUGAACCUGCAGUACCUGGACCUGACUGACAACCUGCUGACCGACCUGACGCUGGUGGAGACGCUGUGCAACGGGAACGGGACCAUGAAGGACCUCCGGGUUCUAAACAUCAGCGGGAAUGCUCUUAAGUGUUUGUCUACGUUGAGUCGACUGGUGGAGAAGCUCCACAAACUGACCCACCUGGACAUCAGCAGGACCCGCUACAGCUCCAUGCCCCUGGCCUGCUCCUGGCCCUCCACCCUGCGAUACCUCAACCUCUCUGGGGCUAAACUCACCACCACCACCCCUUGUCUGCCCACGACUCUGGAGGUGUUGGAUCUGAGUAACAACGACCUCCAAGGCUUCACUGUGGCCCUGCCGGUCCUGAGAGAGCUCCACCUUUCAGGGAACAAGUUUCUGAGGCUGCCCCCUGGAGGCUGGUUCCCCAACCUCCAAACUCUGACAGUGCAGUCGAACACCUUGAACAUGUUCCUCCGCUCGGACCUCCAGUCGUACCGGCGGCUCCAGAACCUCCAGGCCGGUCGGAACAAGUUCGUCUGCACCUGUGACUUCGUGGCCUUCUUCCAGUCGAGCAUUAGAGGAGAUGAAGAUGUGCGUUUAACAGACGGAGCGGAGAGCUACGUCUGCGACUCUCCCUUCUACCUGCAGGGGGAGCCAGUGGGUCGGGUUAAUCUCUCCAUCGCCAUGUGCCAUCGGGUUUUGUUCGUGUCCCUGAGCUGUGGCGUAGCGUUGUUCGUGGGGGUUCUGGUCUGCAUCCUGCUGUGGCGCCUCCACGCCCUCUGGUACCUCAGGAUGAUGUGGGCGUGGCUUAGGGCCAAGCACAGCUCCCGGCGCCGCCGGAGACUGAGAGAUGGAUCCGGAUCAGAGGCGCUGCUUUCCUUUGAUGCCUUUGUUUCCUACAGUGAAAAGGAUGCUGGCUGGGUGGAGACCUUCCUGGUGCCGGAGCUGGAGGAGCCACGGGAGAACGAUGAAGACUCGGAGAACCGCAGAGCCCCUCGGCCGCUGAGCCUCUGCCUCCACAAGCGGGACUUCCUUCCUGGACACUGGAUCAUGGACAACAUCAUGAGCGCCAUUGAGCGCAGCCGGCGGACUGUCUUCAUUCUCUCCCAGAACUUCGUCCAGUCUGACUGGUGCCGCUACGAACUGGACUUCUCCCAUUUCUGGCUCUUCGAUGAGGACGCCCGGGGCGAGCCGGCCAUCUUGGUCCUGCUGGAGCCGCUGUCCAAGGACAACGUCCCCAAGCGCUUCUGCAAACUGCGCAAACUCAUGAGCUCCACCACGUACCUGGAGUGGCCUCAGGAGGAGGAGAGCCGGGCGGAGUUCUGGAGGAGCCUCCGAAACGCUUUGAAGGGAGAUGGAGAGGAGGACGAGUGAGAAAGACUCAAAUCAGUCACAGGAAAAUGUCAAGAGAUCUUUAAUACCUUCUUUAAAUACAGUAGCAAACAUUUUUAAAAAUAUGUUUUUCAAUUGUCAUUAAGAAUUAUUAAGAGUCAAUUGAUGUCAAAAACUUUUAUCCAUUUAAAAUCAUGUACUGAAACAAAGUGGGUUUGAACGUUUGAAGCUUCUGUAACUGACAAAACUCCAAAACUAUGAGAAAAGCAUUCGGAGCAAUAAACUCAAAAAGUGAA